UGCAGCAGUGUCUUUAAUGAUUGACAGGCGAGAUUGUAUGACGUCAUAGUUAGAAUGUUUCGUUUAGUUAGAAUGAUCUGGAAAUCAUGUCAUUUCCUGUCUCUGGCCUGUAACACGAGUUAGUGCUGUCCCUGUAUAGUUCAGACGUGUGUGGCUGUAUUAAUAUUAUUCUAGUGUCAGAUUUUGUUGUUUGAAUCUGCAUGUAUAAAUAUGAGCUUAGGAUAUGUACCGGUACUGGUAUUGAGUUCAGUUGCAUAUUGUUUUGACGAAAAGGUAAUUGAUUGUUAUGUUCUUGUUUACACAGUUUGUUAUAAUAAUCUGCCAGAGAAGCACCGAAUUCAAUGUCAGUUACCGCAGUUUCAACAUUAUAAUUAUCAAUUAGCAUUUAACCGGAACACAAUAUUUCAUGUUUGAUGACAUUACUGCAUUAUUUCUGGACUUUGUCCUGUGGAAGCUGGAUUUUCAUGCUAUUAAAAUAUUGAAACACGAGUCAAGCUGCAUUGAAUUGUUAUUAGAUUCGUCUGCUAGCAUUCCAUCAACAGACUAAGGAAGGGAUCGAAUGCCUGCAGCCACAGUAACUGACAAUAGGUCUGCUGAACUGUCAGAUUCGAGUCAUCAGGAAUAUUUACAGAAUUAACAACAAUAACAGUCAACAGAAUAAUGGCAAGUCAAGACAACCGAGAAGAAGGAAUAUCAAAGUUCACACCAACAGCUGACAAUCCAAAUUAUGUCAAUUCUGAUGUCAAUUUCGAGUUGCUUGCAUCUUCGAGUGGUAUGUCAAAAGAAAUAGAAGAAACAAUGAGCGAUAUACCCAAUGUGGAUUUAAGGUGCCUUUCCAAACAAGUUCAGCAUUUAACUGAUGAGAUGAAAGGUGAAGAUGAUGCAAUUUCAAUUGCUGGUUCUGCUUGCUCUAAUUGCAGUCACAAAAGUUCAAUUUCUCAACAAAGCAACUCCAGCCUUGUUUCACUUAGACUGAAAUAUAAAACAAAUCUUGCUGACCUGAAAGUAAAGCAAAAGUAUCAGCAAGAGGAGGAUAGACUAAUGAAGGAGUUCCAGUCAUCAAUGAGCAAUCUUAAGCUUCGAAGAGAAAUUGAAGUAAAUGAAGCCUGCCUAUCUGUUCUUGAUGAAGAAGAAGUGAAACUUCAACUGGAAAGUAAUGAGCUCUUGGCUAUAGCCAGUCAGGACUCUGGUAAGGUUCCAGAGUCGUCAAGUUGCCAUGGAGAGCCAUUGCUAUUACAACUGGAAGGUACCAAGCAGCUGAAAUUAACCAAUCAAAAUUUAGGUGAGACAUCUAAGUUGCCAAGUUGCCAUGGAGAGCCAUUGCUAUUACAACUGGAAAGUACCAAGCAGUUGAAAUUAACCAAUCAAAAUUUAGGUGAGACAUCUAAGUUGCCAAUAUGCCAUGGAGAGCCAUCUCUAUCACAAUUAGAGAAUACCAAGUCUUUGAAAUUAACCGAACGGAAAUUAGAUGGGGCUUCCAAGUUGCCAAUAUGUCACGGAGAGCCAUCUUUACCAACAUCAGCUAGUUAUGUUUAUUCUGUUUCUGGUUCAACAAGACAUUUGCGAACGCCAUCAACCAUAAUUUGCUCAUCACAUCCACAAUUUGUAAAUUCUGUCGUGCAGCACCUUCCAAUCGACGGUCAAUGUUACACACAAAAUGCCAUGCAAAGUGUUCCAUUUUCAUAUGGGUACACACCAAUGAGCAAUUUACCAUCUCCACAAAGCCUGUAUUCUACUGUGAGACAAGGUGAUAACUUGCUAAGCCAGCUCAAUGGUCAAAACAUUGUCAACAAUCACCCCUUUUCCAGUGGAAUUAAGACAACAUGUGAUAGAUCAGCAGAUAGAGGAGGAGCUCAAUAUAGACUUCCAGAAAUCAAAAUUGAAGUAUUCACUGGGGAAAUUAUUGAAUAUCCAUCAUGGGAGACUGCAUUCAAUGGUUUAGUUGAUAACAAAGCGGCAUGUGUAGAACAAAAGUUGAAUUUGCUCAGCCAAUAUUUGAGCGGUGAGCCGAAAGAACUUGUGCAAGGUUAUUUGUUACUUCAGACCGAAGAUGCAUAUGUAAUGGCAAAGGAGGAGCUGAAGCGAAGGUAUGGGAAUUCAAAUUUGAUAAGUAAAGCGUUUGCUACUAAAUUGAAAGAAUGGCCCAAUAUAGCACCACAUGACCCAAUUAGCAUAAGAAGGUUUUCUGACUUCCUAAAUCAGCUUCUGGCUGCAAAAAGGCGGUUUCAGUGUUUGGGUAUUCUGGAUUACUCCCAAGAAAAUACGAAUAUUGUGGCAAAGUUGCCAUAUGACGUUAUAAACUUGUGGAGAAUUGAAGUUAGAAAGUAUAAACAAGAAAAGAAAAAUGAAAAUGCUUAUCCAUCUUUUGAUGUUCUUGUAAGAUUUGUGUACGAUCAAGCAGAGAAUGCCAACAUUCCAGAAUUGAGUGAUCUCAAAAAAGAAUCUAGAGCAUCAUAUCACAAAGCCGAUAUGUCAAACAGAAGAUCCAAGGUUGUGGUGCUAUCCACUUCAACAAAAGAAGAGUGUGAAUCACAAUGUAAAUUUUGUAAUAAGGAUCAUUUUCUCCAAGAUUGUGAGAAGUUCAUUAGUUUAUCAAGGAUGGACAAGAAACAAUUCAUUCUAAGCAACAAUCUUUGUUUUGCGUGUGGCUCGGGAAGCGGUCAUUUUGCACGAAAUUGUAAAGAUAAGGCGAAGUGCAAAAUAUGCCAGAAAACUCAUAUGACUUGUUUUCAUCAAGCAGAAAAACGAAAGACGUCAGAGCAGACCACAUCUUUAUGCACUACGACCAGUAACAAGAUUGACCAAUUGCAUGACAUCGAAUGUGACUUAUCUAUGAUACUUCCAGUGUGGAUCAGAGAUAAAGGUGAUCAUAGUAAGGAAGUUUUGUCUUAUUGCAUUCUAGAUGAGCAAUCUAAUACAGGCUUCAUCAGUCAUCAGGUCCAGGAAGAACUUGGUGUCAAGGGACACGAAACCAGCAUAACUCUAUCAACAAUGUUCAAAAGCAAUGUGGCCAUUGCAACUAGAAAAGUAUCAUGUUUGGAAGUGCUCAGCUAUGAUCGUAAAGUGUGUAUAGGAUUGCCACCGGUGUACACUCGAGAAGAAAUUCCAAUUAGACGAUCACAAAUACCCACACCAGAUAAGGCAAGGGCAUGGCCUCAUUUAGAAAAAAUUGCUGAUCUAAUUCCACCAUAUCAUCCAAUCGUUCCAGUUGGAUUAUUGCUUGGGAACAACAUUCCUAGUGUACUGAGACCUAGAGAAAUAAUUGCUGGCCAUGAUGACCAGCCAUAUGCUCAAAGGUCAAUUCUGGGCUGGGGAAUUGUUGGAGCAGUGCGGAGGUCUUCACUCAAACCAGCUGUUUCUCAUCUGAUUGAUACCGAUGUAAGCAACCAUGAUGUAGAUAUUUAUCCUGAAGUAACAUGCAGAUUUGCUUUAUUGACAAAGACAAAAGAAAUUAUUGAGCCUCACCAUCUACAGCGAAUGCCGGAGCUAGAAUUCACAGAGCGUGAAAAUAAAUACAGCGAGCUUUCCAUUGAUGACUCUCGAUUUUUGAAAAUUUCAUCAGAAAAUAUAGUCAGAACCAAUGAUGGUCAUUUCGAAAUGCCUCUGCCUUUAAAGUCUAGGGAAGUUUCAUUACCAAAUAAUAGAUCACUAGCAUUGCGUAGACUGCUCCAACUUAAAAAGAGACUACUGAAAGACGAAAGAUUUAAAAAUGACUACCUUUUGCAGGGUCCGAAUUUAAUGUCAAAUUUGGUUGGAAUUUUAUGGAGAUUCAGGCAAGAUUCUAUUGCAGUAGUAAGCGAUAUUAAGUCCAUGUUCCACCAGUUUUAUGUAAAAGAAGAAGACAGAAAUCUCCUACGGUUCUUAUGGUGGGAAGAUAGCAACUUCAACAGAAGUAUCGUAGAAUUUCGAAUGAAAAGUCAUCCAUUUGGAGCAGCCAGCAGUCCAGGUUGUGCAAACUUUGGUUUAAAACGAUGUGCUGAUGAAGGAGAAGCCGAAUACGGAGAAGCGGCAGCUAACUAUAUUCGACAGGAUUUCUAUAUGGAUGAUGGGUUGAAGUCUGUGGCUACAUUUGAAGAAGCAGUUGAUUUAAUUCAACAGAGACGAGCACUCUGUGCCAGUGCUGGCCUCAAAUUGCAUAAAUUCAUAUCUAAUAACUGCGAAGUGCUUGAAUCCAUACCAGAAGAUGAAAGAGCUAAGGAUAUUAAAACUCUGGACGUCACAGUUGAUCCUCUACCAAUUGAAAGGACUUUGGGUAUUGUCUGGUGUAUUGAAUCUGACGAUUUUCAGUUCAAAAUAGAAAUAAAGGAUCUACCGUUUACUAGAAGAAACAUCCUCUCUUCGGUGAGCUCUAUUUUUGAUCCUGUGGGAUUUUUAGCACCAGUUGUUUUAAGAGGGAAAAUGAUUUUACAAGAACUCUGCAAAGAAAAAUAUGACUGGGAUGACCCAGUGCCUAAAUAUUUGCGAAGUGAGUGGGAAAAAUGGCGCAAUGAAAUUCUAGAAUUGGAGCGACUGAAGAUUCCUCGCUGUUAUAAACCUGAAGACUUUGGCCGUAUCAGCUCUGUUGAACUUCAUAGUUUCUCGGAUGCCAGUGAAAUUGGUUAUGGCCAGUGUACUUAUUUGAGACUGACUAAUGAGCGGGGUGAGAUUCAUUGCAGUUUUGUUAUGGGAAAGGCUCGUGUAGCCCCGUUGAAGCAAAUCACAACACCAAGAAUGGAGCUGACUGCAGCUGUGAUCUCAGCAAAAAUGAGUGACCUAAUUGUUCGGGAGCUCGAGUAUAAGGACAUCAGUGUUUUUCAUUGGGUGGAUAGCAAAGUAGUUCUCGGCUACAUAAAUAAUGAGGCAAAAAGAUUUCUUGUGUUCGUAGCUAACCGUGUGCAACAGAUACACGAUUUGAGUAAAUCUGAUACAUGGUUUUACAUCGAUUCAUCUGCGAAUCCUAGUGAUGACGCCUCAAGAGGCAUAAGUGCAAGAGAACUUCUUUAUGAUUCUCGCUGGCUAAGAGGACCAGAAUUUCUUUGGCAACAAGAUCAGAGUUGGAAAAGCUCAUUAUAUAAAGCUGAUGAGGAAACUGAAAAUUGUUUGAUAGAGGAAACGAUGAAUCGGCGAACUAGUAAUUAAUCCCAUAUGUAAUUAUUGAGAGUUGGUUCCGCAAGUGUAAUUUUCUUUAGAUUUUGUAAGGAAUCUAUGUGUAAAUAGUGCUGUUUCUUUUUUAAUGUUACUCUGUUUAAUUUUAUAUGUUCAUUGAGUUAGGUUUAGAGUUGAUUUGUAUAAUUGCAAAACAUAGUAGGUAGUUAUUGUUUUGCAGGAGAGCCAUGUUACUGCAGCGGUUUGCAGCAGUGUCUUUAAUGAUUGACAGGCGAGAUUGUAUGACGUCAUAGUUAGAAUGUUUCGUUUAGUUAGAAUGAUCUGGAAAUCAUGUCAUUUCCUGUCUCUGGCCUGUAACACGAGUUAGUGCUGUCCCUGUAUAGUUCAGACGUGUGUGGCUGUAUUAAUAUUAUUCUAGUGUCAGAUUUUGUUGUUUGAAUCUGCAUGUAUAAAUAUGAGCUUAGGAUAUGUACCGGUACUGGUAUUGAGUUCAGUUGCAUAUUGUUUUGACGAAAAGGUAAUUGAUUGUUAUGUUCUUGUUUACACAGUUUGUUAUAAUAAUCUGCCAGAGAAGCACCGAAUUCAAUGUCAGUUACCGCAGUUUCAACAUUAUAAUUAUCAAUUAGCAUUUAACCGGAACACAAUAUUUCAUGUUUGAUGACAUUACUGCAUUAUUUCUGGACUUUGUCCUGUGGAAGCUGGAUUUUCAUGCUAUUAAAAUAUUGAAACACGAGUCAAGCUGCAUU